GUUACGGAAAUCCUCAUCUCCAGGCGGGUCACGCGUCCAGGCAACAUUAUUAGCCAGCCUUAUACCCCUUCGGGUUUAGAUCCGCGUGUCUCCUGGAAUCUAUUAAAGCUUCGUUUUCCUCUUUAUUUCCUUCCUUUUCAUUCAUCCUCACUCUUCUUUCUCUCAAUUACUCUAAGCAAAAUGUUCAACUUCUCUCUCUUCAAGUCCUCCAAGGAGGAAACCCCCGCCGCCACAUGGAACCCCAACACUCUUACUAUGGAACAGCCGUCGAGUCCCGAGGCUCCUCAUGCCCAGCAGCAGGUUGUUACUGAGCAGCCGUCUACUCAGGAACCGAUGCAGAUGGGCCUUCGCGGUGGUAACGGCGGUGGUGGUAUCUGCUGCGGAAUCUGCGCCGGUCUUGCUUGCUUCGAAUGCUGCGAAAUCUGCUGCUAA